AGGACCCUUAAUUUAAUAGUUUAGCGUACUUCACAACGGCACCGUCAUUCCUGAGCUCUUUCUCUAUCGCACAUCGUUAUUUUACAAAAAUGGCCAAGGAAUCUAAGGGUACCAAGCGUUCUACCAUCCACGACGUUGUCGCUCGCGAGUACACUAUUCACUUGCACAAGCACGUCCACGGCAGAUCCUUCAAGAAGCGUGCUCCUCAUGCUAUCAAGGCCAUCAAGUCUUUUGCCCAAUCUAAGAUGGGCACUUCCGAUGUCCGCAUCGACCCCAGCCUGAACAAGCAGAUCUGGUCCAAGGGUGUCAAGACCGUCCAGCACCGCAUCCGUGUCCGCCUGUCGCGCAAGCGUAACGACGAUGAGGAAGCCAAGGAGAAGUUGUACACCUACGUUUCGUACGUUCCCGUCACCUCCUUCAAGGGUCUCGAGACCCAGGUUGUCGACGAGUAAAUCUCCUUUCGCCCUAACAUCAAGGCCUCAGCACUUUGCUUGGAAAUCCACAGGAGGGAGUGCUCUUAUUCAAUAAACUCUUCAUCGGCUCAAUUCGGUUCUUACCCAACCAACGAUGUAGACGAACCCAUCAUGCUGGGAAGACUCGAAGUACCUGGAAAAUCGGCUCACAGCCGUUCUCCAGUGAAAAGAGUUCUCUCGCAUGUAAAAGAACAUUAGUGACUGUUUUUCAAUUGUUGGCAAUUCAAUCUUGAGAUAUAUGUAUAAAAAGGCGGGAUUCCUUCUCCUCUUUAUCUCUGUAUUUUGCUUUGCGGCAGUGAGAAUCAUACGAUGUCAGAGUCCGUCUACACAACUUGUCAUUUUAUCGUGCUAUCAAUGAUCGACGGUAUGAACACCAGACCAAAAUACAUUAAGCAACUGUUAGAAGUGUUCAGCCCAAAGGUAUGUGCGAUACAUAGCUGAUAUAGUGCAAUCUUGCGAGACCAAUAAAGAUGAUG